AAAUUUUUGGCAGACGGUGGAUCCAAUCGAGUAUACGACGCGUUUAAACACGAUCAACAAACCUUGAACAAAGGAGAUCUAGACUCUAUUAGACCGGAUGUCAAAGACUUUUAUGCUUCCAAAAAUGUUAAAAUUACAAGAGUCAGCGAUCAAGAUAGUACAGAUUUCAUGAAAUGCGUUGACCUGUUAAGGGAAAAAGAAGCGCAAGAUCAUAAAACGUACGAUAUUGUUGCGAUGCCUGCUUUAGGAGGUCGCUUUGAUCAAACUAUGGCAAGUAUUAACUUGCUCUACUUUUUGAAAAAUGAAAAAGAUCGACGCACUAUUUUAGUGAGUGACGAAUCUUUGACGGUACUGUUGGAUAAGGGCAAACAUCACAUUCAUUGUCAACCCGAAUACGAAGGACCAACAUGUGGCGUCAUGCCUAUCGGAGCUCCAGCCAUUUUGACGACGAAAGGACUGAGAUGGAAUCUCGAAAAUUAUGAGUGCUUUUUUGGAGGCAUGGUGAGCACUUCCAAUGUAAUUGACAGUAAACUGAUAGAAAUAGACACCAAUUCUCCUGUUGUAUGGACGAUUGAGAUCAAUCUCCAAAAAUAA